AUGGUAUCUGAAACGAAAUAUGAAUCGAAUGAAUCCUAGUUGGCACAUAACUGUAAUAAAAUCAAAUCAAAUCCACCUCUAACAGAAACAAGCGCACAAAAUGCCACAAUAAAAGUGAUAAAGCAAAAAAUAAUAAAUAGCAACAAAAAUAUAAAAGAAUUUUCUCUCAGCGGGAGAGUUCCCAAAGGCAUUUACAGCUUGGGGCUUUCCAGUAAUUGUGUGUGUGCUUAUACAAAAAAAAAUUAAAACAAGCAGAUUAUCGGCUUGCCGCGGGUCCAACUAAAAUGCCAAAUACCUAUUUUUAACUCACAAGUAAUCAUCGGUAGACGCCAAUACGCCAAUAAGUUAAUACGGUUGCGGAUACGGCGUAGAAACGCGUUGCGAAAAAUAAUAUAAUAUUUUUAAGAUUUUCCUACCGGGGGGAGGUGGCCAAGUAGUUAGAAGAAGAACAAGCGGCGCGAAGUCAGCGUGUGUGCCUUUCCAGUUACAUUUACCAUUUGCCAUUUACCAUUCACCGUUUACAUUUACUCUAUGUGCCUGUCUGCCACUGGCUUCCAGAGUUCGUUAUCUCGCUCGCUCGCCCGCCUUCGGUGUCACUCUCGUUCUCUCCCUCGCCCCUUUCUCGCACUGCCAUUUGCCUAAUGUGGAUUGCAGAUUGGCGCCUGGCGUCCAAGUUCUGAGCAACCAGUGGGAGAGUGGACGCGGCGGCUAUCGCUAUUUUCGCUUCCUUAACGUUCCUCGGACAUUGCGUGUUGUGGCGCGUCACUUACUGCUAUUCGACCAUCAUCGUCAUUGACAUCGUCAUCGUCGUCUUCAUCGUCACUGACAUCGUCAUCAAUUGCGUCCGUUACUGUGGCAUUGGCAGCUCCAAUUGCUGUUGUUGUUGGGCCAUUGUGUCGGUAACAUCAUCAAAAUAUCUUCAUUCGAAGAAGAUUAUCGGGCUGACAGGCCCAUGGUGCAGCGUGCAUCAUCCUCAGAUGCUCCCUCAAUUCAGGGCGGCCAACAUCGAGAAUCUCGAUUUGGCCUUGGAUAUACCUCAUACCAAAGCGGAUACAAUAAGCUAUUCACACAGGGUUCUGCCGACUCGAACUACUCACAACCGUCAUCCGAUCUGUCGCUAGACGAGGAAAAGGAAUCGCUUCGGCGAGAAAAGGAACGUCAGGCCUUAAGCCAGUUGGAUAAAGCGAGGAGUAAACCUGUAGCGUUCGCUGUGCGAACCAACGUAGCAUAUGAUGGCACAAUCGACGACGAUUCGCCCGUGCAGGGCGGUGCAGUUUCGUUUGAGAUCCGGGAGUUUUUGCACAUCAAGGAGAAGUAUGACAAUAACUGGUGGAUUGGCAGACUGGUUAAGGAAGGCUGUGAUGUGGGCUUCAUACCCAGCCCCGCUAAGCUAGACAACAUUCGUAUGCAGAAUCAAACUAGACCCUCAAGACUGUACGGCACAAAGGGCUCAUCAAGUGGCAAUUUAGGUGCGGGACAAGCAGGUGCGGAGCCAUCACGAGGUAGCACACCCCCCACACCUGGUGACGAAUCAGAUUCCAUGGGACCAGGACGUCAUGGCAAAACACCAUUAGCAACGCCGCCCAACAAGGAGAAGCGCAAGCCAUUUUUCAAGAAACAGGAAACAGCCAGCCCGUAUGAUGUGGUGCCAUCGAUGCGUCCUGUUGUUUUAGUGGGUCCAAGCCUUAAGGGUUACGAGGUAACCGAUAUGAUGCAAAAGGCGCUAUUCGAUUUCCUCAAGCAUCGCUUCGAAGGACGCAUCAUCAUAACGCGCGUUAUGGCCGAUAUAUCCCUAGCGAAGCGAUCGAUUAUGAACAAUCCUUCGAAACGUGCCAUCAUGGAGCGUUCCAGCAGUCGUUCGGACUGUCUGGGCAAGGUCCAAGAGGAAAUCGAGCGCAUCUUUGAGCUGGCCCGUUCCCUGCAGCUGGUCGUACUCGAUUGUGAUACAAUCAAUCAUCCGUCACAAUUAGCAAAAACUUCAUUAGCGCCAACAAUAGUUUACUUAAAGAUUAGUAGUAGUAAGGUUUUACAGCGUUUAAUCAAAUCACGUGGCAAAUCGCAAGCUAAGAACUUAUCCGUACAAAUGGUUGCCGCUGAAAAAUUAGCCCAAUGUCCACCCGAAAUGUUCGAUGUAAUUUUAGACGAGAACCAAUUGGAAGAUGCCUGCGAGCACAUAGCUGAAUACUUGGAGACAUAUUGGAAAGCCACGCAUCCAGAUAUACGCGCUGGGUCUACUGUACCGGCCAUUGCCAGGCCGAUACCGUCCCAGGAGGUGUCGGCGUCGCCCUCCGCCGAUCCAACGCGCAUGGGUCCAACACCACCAGUCGAUGGCGAAGAGUUUGACGAGCACGAGCACGAGCCACGAAUGGCGAGUGCCGAACGCGAGGGUAGUCGGGAUCGGGAUCGGGAACGGGAACGGGAGCGCGAACGUGGCAGUAGGGAAAGAGAACGGGACAAUGAACGCGACUACUGGGACAGGGAGUUCAACAGAGAUCGAAGUUCGAAAGACAGAGAGAGAGAUAUGGAGUGGGAGCGCGAGAGAGCACGCGAAUGGGAAAGAGAGCGAGAAAGGGAUUGGGAUAGAGAGUUCGAUUGGGACCAAGGAGGUGCCUCUUAUCAUCACAGUCGUCGUCAGGUCUCUGGACGCCAUCAGGAGCGGGGCAGCGGGGGAGGCGGCGUUGGCCAUGCCGCUGGCUACGAGCGGGACAGAGAACGAUAUGAGCGACAGGAAAGGGAACGACUUCAUGCGAGGGAUCGUGAUCUGAUGCACUACGACCUGAAUAGCGAUGAGAUGCUGGACGAACGUAACUUCGAGUAUCCGGCAAUGCGCAGCGGGCCGAGCGGCGCCUCCCACCAUGGCCACCUGUCGCGCGGCGGUCGACUGCUGGACGAUACGGACUUUGAGCGCGAUGAUCGAUUGUUGGGCAGCUCAAGGUCACGCUAUGGACCCGGACCAUCCACACGCAUCGACGAUCCCCGGGAUAUGCCACGAGCAGCCACUGUGGUCGAUCGCGAUCGCGAUGAAUACAGUCCGCACAGAGGUGGUGGAAGUAGUAGGAGAAUGCUGAAUGCCAUGUAGGAAUCGUGGAUAUAGG